CUCAUCACUGGGCCUCUAUUUACCAGGCAGAGUUUAAACUCUCUGUGACCGAUUCAUCAACAAACAAACAGUAGAAAAAGAAGUGAAUUACAACAAACAUUUUUAAAUGAGUCACGUAAGGUCGUGACCCUUAACCGGUGGAAAUCAAUAAUAUAAUUUUGCGUGGGGGUCUCAAGGCGGAAAAUCCACCAUGAGCACCGCCAUCAAGCUCUCACCCCGACCCAGAAGACACAAACAAAGAGCCGAAACGAUGAAACAAGAUAUUGUGGCUCAAGUGCAUAAGCAAACGAAAUCUACCACAAGUUCCGAUAAUGAUUACGCCAAUUCGGAAGAUAAUCUGGAUGUGCCAAAAAGUGAUAAAAAUGAAAAUUAUAGCGUCGUGCAUACACCAAGCAGAGAAAUAUCUGUGGAUGGAGAAACACAAAUAAACUCUAAAAUAUUAUCCCUUAUAGAAACAGAAAUGAAGAGAGAUAUUAAUAAGCAUUCCCAUUUUACCGAGUCCAGACCGCAAAGUUUGAGCUUUUACGAGGACGAAAAAAUUCCAGAAGAACUAUCCGGCAAUUUAGAACUGUUGAGUCCAGAAGAAAAGCGACAUUACAGAAAGCGGAAGGAAUAUUCGCAAAUGGACGUGGACGAACGAAACGCUCACAACGCGAUCCAGGAUCUGUAUAGUUCGAGAGAUCCGGAAGAAAUAUUGAAUUCUUCCAGCAAAAAAUCAAAAUCUCGCAAAAAGAAAUACGGUGAUUCUGAAGUUGGCAUCGGUGACAGCAGAGAAAUGAUGAUUCCCAAAGACAAACGGAAAAGCAAAAAGAAGCGAAGAGAAGUUUCACCGGGAGCAGCCGGAAACAGUACUAAAAGAAAACAUAAAACUAGAAAUCGAGAUGAGGACCACCAACCGAACAAUGAUGUAACAAUAGCAUUGGAAGAACUUCAGGAUGACGUUUUUGAAAACGCCCCUGAAGAUUUCGGGACGAAACCGGAAAAAAUGAAGAGAAGUCCCAGAAGAACGGACAAAAUUUAUGUACAAAAAAAAUCGAAAUUUGAGGAAACCAGCAGACACAAUAAUGUACCAUUAAGUAGGCAGAGUGCUCAGGAUUUAGAUUCUCUAAGCAAUUUAGAUAAAAGAUUUGCUUCUCGCUAUCCAGUAGAAGUAGCAAUUAUAUAUCAAAAGUGUUGGAUGCAAUUCUCUUCACUUUGUCAUGGAUUAUUGGGCGGCUUAGGAUUGGGCCAUUGGCUAUACAUAGUUUGCAAUUUUAACACUCAAGAUCAUGCCUUUUUAAUUCAUUACGCUUACUACAGUGGUAUUUACGUAGGACUGUUCUUCGCUCUGUGCGUAAUCUGUCUUGUGUCUGUUUUUGAUCGGCUGGAUGUGGGUCACCUCCAAUCCCACGACUUAGCGGAGUUUUUCAAACAAAAAAAAUGUUCAUUUCUUGUGAUUGUCUAUGUGACCUGUUUAACUAUUCAUUUAGCAACUGCACCAUAUGAUGAAAAACUGUCCCUCUUAGCCUAUAGAAAUCACACAGCUAUUGGUAACUCUGAAGGGAAUCAUACAGUACUAUUUACAGAAAACAGUACUUUUCUGGAGACCACAAUAACAUAUUCGGAACUUAAAACAUGGAAUCACUUAUCAUUGUGGAGGGCGCUCCUUGCUUUUGUCGCAUGGAUAGUUCUUGGCUUCCAACCACCAGAAGACAUGCUUCAGAAUCAUUUAAAAAGCAUGGAAGCGUAUCUUCCAGACAAAUAGUACAUGGAUAUUUUAAAACGAUAUCAAGAAUUAUCUUAACUGUAUGUGAUAUUGUUAAACAUAUAUCUUUGAAAGAGACUGCGGCGACUUGAAAAAAAUAAAUAUAGCAUUUAUUAUUCAAACA